GCCUUCCCAUUGCCGGGCUCGGAGGCCACGCCUCCCCCCGAGGCCGCUGGUGGGCGGGGCCCCAGCCCUUCUCGCAGGCAUUCCGAAAGGGGCCCGCGGUGCGUGGAGCGCGAGGCUGAGCGGCUCGUCUUUCCCCAGGUGUGUGUUAAAGUGAGAGAAUAAUAGCUAUGGGGCUCACAAUGUCAUGGUGUCUUCUACUUCUUGGUGCUCUGCUGCCUUCCUCUUCUGCCUAUACGGAUUUCUUCACUUCAAUCGGACACAUGACUGACUUGAUUAAUACUGAAAAAGACCUGGUGACUUCACUGAAAGACUACAUCAAGGCAGAAGAGAGCAAGCUGGAACAGAUUAAGAAGUGGGCAGAAAAGUUGGAUAAGCUGACGGACACGGCAACAAAGGAUCCUGAGGGAUUCUUGGGACAUCCUGUGAAUGCAUUCAAGUUAAUGAAGAGACUCAAUACGGAGUGGAAUGAACUGGAAAAUCUAGUGCUAAAGGAUAUGUCUGAUGGGUUUAUUUCCAACAUGACUAUCCAGCGCCAAUAUUUUCCGAAUGAUGAAGAUCAAACGGGUGCUGCCAAAGCUCUCUUACGGCUCCAGGAUACAUAUAAUUUAGAUACAGACACCCUCUCUAGGGGAAAUCUUCCAGGAGUGAAGCACAAGACUUUCCUGACAGCUGACGAUUGCUUUGAGUUAGGAAAAAUUGCAUAUACCGAAGCGGAUUACUACCACACUGAGCUGUGGAUGGAGCAAGCUCUGAAACAGCUUGAUGAUGGAGAGGUUUCGUCUUCUAUCGACAAAGUUUCUGUUCUAGACUACUUGAGUUAUGCUGUUUACCAACAAGGGGAUCUAGACAAAGCAAUGAUGCUUACGAAGCGGCUACUUGAGUUGGACCCAGAGCAUCAGCGAGCAAAUGGCAAUUUGAAGUACUUUGAGUAUAUAAUGUCUAAAGAAAAAGAAAAAGAAGCAAACAAAUCUCUUUCUGAGACAGAUGAAAAGACUGGAAAAGAAAGUAAAAGUAGAAAGGGGCCAUCAAAAGAUUACCUGCCGGAGAGACAGAAAUAUGAGAUGUUGUGCCGUGGGGAAGGUCUCAAAAUGACUCCUAGAAGACAAAAGAAACUGUUUUGCCGUUAUUAUGAUGGAAAUAGGAACCCCAGGUAUAUACUCAGACCUGUCAAACAAGAGGAUGAAUGGGACCGGCCGCGGAUUGUCCGCUUCGUGGACAUCAUUUCUGAUGAAGAAAUCGAAACUGUCAAAGAGCUGGCAAAACCAAGGCUGAGCCGAGCUACUGUGCAUGACCCUCAGACUGGGAAACUGACCACAGCACAUUACAGAGUCUCAAAGAGUGCCUGGCUGUCUGGAUACGAGAAUCCCAUAGUGGCGCGUAUUAAUGCAAGAAUACAGGAUCUAACAGGACUGGACGUUUCCACGGCAGAAGAGCUCCAGGUAGCCAACUACGGCGUAGGAGGCCAGUAUGAGCCUCAUUUUGAUUUUGGAAGGAAAGAUGAACCAGAUGCCUUUAAAGAACUGGGUACGGGCAACAGAAUUGCUACGUGGCUAUUCUAUAUGAGUGAUGUGUCAGCAGGGGGAGCAACUGUAUUUCCAGAAGUAGGAGCUAGCGUUUGGCCUAGAAAGGGUACAGCUGUUUUUUGGUACAAUCUUUUUCCAAGUGGAGAAGGGGACUAUAGCACAAGGCAUGCUGCCUGUCCAGUACUGGUUGGGAACAAAUGGGUAUCCAACAAAUGGAUCCAUGAACGUGGGCAAGAAUUUCGAAGGCCAUGUACAUUAUCAGAGUUUGACUGAUACGGAACUUCCUCCUGUCUCUUUUUUGGGCAAAUUACAUUUCCCUUCCACGUUGCCUUGAUUAAUACUGAUAGUUUACACUAACACUCCAUUACAACCUUUGUCUCCAGUGCCAACCAGUUCUUCAUCUAUGGACAAAUACCUUCUUCUCCUCUCUACGGACAAAUGCCUUUGCUAAUAUACCCGUUAAAAUUUUUUAUAGAGAGAAUAUAUUUCAUUUUUAAUGUCUAUGAGUUGUCAUGGCCAAAAGUAACUUGUGUAGACACACACUAUACUUUUUCUGGGGGUAAAAAUGAAUAUGGACAAUCUCUCCUCUGCCAAGGAUUUUGUUCGUUUGGAAGGUACUUUGCACCUAUGUUUGUUCCUUGUUUUCAGAGUGCCUGAAUACAGUUAUACCGCUGUGACUAUGGAUUUGCAAGCCACAUCUUUUUGAUAUCAGUGGCAAAAGUCAUCAUUAAUAGAUUAUUGAUUUUGCUCAUGGGCUUUAAGGUCAAGCUGCCUGCUCCUGGAUUGCUACUGCCACGAAAUAUCGGGUGCAGAUAAUCUUCCUUUCUUCCACCCUUCUCUUUUUCUAGCAAUUUUUUGCAAAUGGAACUGUCUGAUAAUCUUGAGCCAGUAGUUGCGCACAUAUAAUUGACUUCAACAGUCUUGUGGCAUUUUUAAAAAUAAUGUGCCACAUGCAUGAUAAUACAGGGUGAGGCAGCAUAACUUCCUUUUUUAGUUGGUUGAAGAUGUAGCGGAGCACUAGAGGUCUUGUUCGAGAGACGGGAGUAUAAAGUUUUGUCCUGACACAGUUCAGUCGCCAUCAUGGGUUGGAACAGUGAACAGUGCUUUUGCCGUUGAGGCCUACUUUUCGAGCGGAUUUGGAGUGGCCGGCCCCGCUCUCCAGAUUUGGCCCCUUGUGAUUUUUUUUCUAUGGGGUUUUUUUAAAUUCUAUGUUUAUGUGAAGCGUCCAAGGACCCUACAACAUUUGGAGACCAACAUCCAGGAAGAAAUUGCCAACAUAAUGCCUGCUAUGCUGGCAAGAGUCAUGACAAACGCCAGAAAUCGGUUUACUCAGUGUAUGGAGAAUGGGGGAAGUCGCCUACCUAAUUUGAUCUUCAAAACUAUGUAAAACAAAACUUUAGGUAUGCGCCUACAUUAUAUAUUUUUUUUCUGAUUCAUACAAUGGGUUUUAUUAAGUUUUGAAAAAAGGAAGUUAUGCUGCUUCACUCUGUAGCUUGGAAAAGGGGAAAAGAUCUUGUUUUCCAGUUACGAAUCAUGUUUUAACCCAAUUGUGAUUCAACUUUGACAAUUCAGUAAUGAUUGUUGUUUUCAUUGUAAUAUAAUAAGUCUCAUCCCCAUGAAUCCAGGAAGGCAAGAAUGUAAUUGUCAUAAUCAUGGCAUUGUGCCUUAGACUGAGAACCUCAGUUUGUAUGAAACAGUUGGUUUGAAGAGAAAAUGCACAAUUUCAUUCCCAAAAUGCCAAAACUUUGUUUUUCAACUGAAGUGUUUUCUGACAAAGGUGAUAUAUUUAUAAUACUAAAUCUUUUCAAAACUUUA